AUCGCAUAGGAAAAUUGGUCGGUUCCCGCUCACACAACACAGGAAGUCUUAAACCCUUUUCCCCUUUUAAGUCUCUUAAGCGGAAACCUAAUCUAAUAUUCCCAAUCUUCUCCGCUCCAGCUGCUAGAGAAGCUGCAAUGGCGGUAAGCAUCUAUUGCGUUUUCUUAAUUUCAGGUUAAUGAUGUUGUUUUUCAGCUUUGAUUGUUGAUGGAAGGUUUACGAUUUGGGUUCGUUGAUUCGCAGGAGGUUUUCGUUUCUUUGUAUGUUCGUUUUGUGUUUUAGUUAAUCUUUUAGCAGAAACCCUCUAGAAAAUUGUGUGAUUCGAAGCUAGGGUUUGGUUAUACGCUGUGACAAUCCUGCGCCAGGUGUGUGUAAUUUCUGCUCUUUUGUUUGUCUGGGCGAUUCAGAAUUGUCUGGAAAAAUUUCCUGCUAGGAACUUUCGAUCUAUCGUGAGCUGGAAAUAGCAUAGUUUUUGCUGCGUUUAUGGUUUGAAGCAUUCUCACUGAUACUUUGCAAUUUUGGUCUAGUUGUGUUCAUGUUAUGUUUAUAACCAUAUAAUAUUUAAUCGUGGGGGGUUUUGGGGGGAUCUGGUGUUUGUUUGCUUUUGGGUUCGAACUUUGGAUUUUAACUCUUCAUUAUCUUUGCGGACUGUACCCGUUAAUCCCAAGCCCUUCCUGAACAAUCUCACGGGAAAGACUGUCAUGGUUAAGUUGAAGUGGGGAAUGGAGCACAAAGGUUUUCUUGUCUCUGUGGAUUCUUACAUGAACCUGCAGCUUGCAAAUGCGGAGGAGUAUAUUGACGGACAUAAAAAGGGAGAUCUCGGAGAAAUCUUGAUCAGGUGCAAUAACGUCCUUUAUCUCCGUGGAGUCCCAGAAGAUGAAGAAGUACUGGAUGCUGAAUGAGACUAGUAUUUGCUAUGGAGUUGGGCAUAGAAUCCCCUGUUUCUAUAAAUAUUUAGGAAAAGUGAAAUGUGAAUUGUAGCUCUUGCAGGAUUUGAAUCAUUGCUUACUGGAUACGGCUUUGUCAUGUAUGAUGGUUUUACCAUGCUAAAUGAUUCACCUCUCUGACUUCUGACUUUGCCUUGGUUAUAUUGCUCAUUACUCUGUCAAUCAUGCAUUCAUGCUUACUUUCUUCGGGCGUUUGCAUAAUAUGUCGACACAGUGAUCACUAUCAUUCAGUAUCAUAGCUCUGAAUCUGUCUCGACUGAGUAUCAUAACUCAUUAUAGACAUGGUAUUAUCAGUCUUGCACCACAUUCGAGCAAGUGUUUGCCAAAAAC